AUGGCUUGUAAAGAAGGUGGAUCGGAGUUCUGGGGAGGUGGCAGAAUCCCUGGCUACAUCUUUCUUUCCAACAAUUGCAAAGGAGGAGGCCUGCACCCACCUCCAGAGAGACGCAGAGAGACGCUUAUAGAUGUUCAUGAGCAACAUAGGCUUCACCUUUGCCAAUGGGCACACCUGGAAGCAGCAGAGACGGUUCACCUGAUGACUCUGAGGAACCUAGGACUAGGGAAGAAAAGCCUGGAAGCCUGGAUCCAGGAGGAAGCUUGCUGCCCGACUGAGGCCUUUGCCAGAGAAAGAGAGGCUGCCAAGUGCCGCCAGAGGCUGCUCAGAGGCUCCCAGGCCGUGGCAGAAUUCCACGGCCUCUCCCGGCCUCAGGCAAAGGAUGACCCACUCUCUACAUUCAGUGAGACCAACAUGGUGCAAGCAAUCACAGAUCUCUUCAUAGCGGGCUCAGACACCACCACGAUCGCUUUAUGCUGGGCUCUCCGUGAUGGUAUAUCUGGAAGUACAAGAUUGAAAGAUGAUGAUAGUGGAGACCAUGACCAGAAUGAGGAGAAUAACACACAGAAAGACAGUGAGAAGGAAAAGAAUGAUCGAGAGAAACCACAGAGUACUACCAAGAGGAAGGCUGUUGUCCCAGGGCCAGCUGAGCACCCCUUGCAGUAUAAUUACACCUUCUGGUACUCCAGACGAACACCCGGGAGGCCUACCAGCUCGCAGAGUUAUGAACAGAACAUCAAACAGAUUGGCACCUUUGCCUCUGUGGAGCAGUUCUGGCGGUUUUACAGUCACAUGGUACGUCCUGGGGACCUGACAGGCCAUAGUGACUUCCAUCUUUUCAAAGAGGGGAUCAAACCCAUGUGGGAGGAUGAUGCCAACAAAAAUGGUGGUAAAUGGAUUAUCCGUCUGCGAAAGGGCUUAGCGUCACGAUGCUGGGAGAAUCUCAUUCUGGCAAUGUUGGGAGAACAGUUUAUGGUGGGGGAAGAAAUCUGUGGGGCAGUCGUCUCAGUCCGAUUCCAGGAGGAUAUUAUCUCGAUAUGGAACAAGACAGCCAGUGACCAGGCCACAACAGCCCGGAUACGCGAUACGUUACGAAGAGUGCUCAACCUACCUCCCAACACCAUCAUGGAAUAUAAAACACACACCGAUAGCAUCAAGGAUAAUUCAAGCUUUCGAAACACAAAAAUCACAUUGUGAGAACAAGAGUUGGCACUAAGCUCCUCUCUCCGUGUUGAAAGCACUGAGAGGUCUCCACCAGUGCCCUCCGACCUCUGAAGGGACUCAUGGGCCACUCUCUCGCACUCCUCCUUGGAGGAAGGAUCCAUCUGAAGCCCUCCAGCAGCGGUGACAAUAGAGGCUGAUUUUGUCAUACACAAACUUUUUUUUAGCAGUGGGGCGGGAGGCCAACCUUUCAAUUAGCAGUGUGCCCUUGGGGCCGCAUCUUGCAGCACUUUCCUCUCUUUCUCUACAUGGCAUGCAGGAUCUCUGGGAUUCUGCCUCAACAUCAGAGCCUUUUGCUGAGGGAUACCAGUAUUAUAAAUCUCUCUGCAGCUGGGAGGAGCUUCCCAGUUGAGAGUCAGCCCUAUGGUUUUCAAAUGCCCCCUUUCAGCUCUGCCAAUAAAUUAUUGGGUCUCUUUGUUUCU